AUGAAGUUCUUCGAGCUGUCGUUUGGAUCGAGUCGAUUGGUCGCAGAGAAUGUUUGCAUCGAGAACAAUUCUAAGCUCAGUGGUGUUGCGAACUCGAAGGAGACAUUAACUGGCGAUUGGGAUGGCGCAUGGCUCGAUGGAGAGAGAAAAUGUGAUACUUCUGAACCCAAUUGUCAUAACUACACUUGGAGUGACGGUUAUACAAUUGGUAACGAAGCUCUCGCCAACAACUUGUACAGUCCCAAUAAUACGGCAACGAAGCAAAGCUGUUUAACAGUUUUUGCUGAGAAAGGUCCACAUUUGAAUGCAGUUUCUUGUACAAAUUACAAAAUGGCGGUUGGAGUUAUGUGUGGAUAUCAGCUGAUAUGA